AUGAGUAAUAGAAAAGAUAUAAACAUUACUACUGUGUUUCAUGUUCAUCUACCAUUUGAUACGAAUUCAUACAAUCCCACAGUUUUGGGUAAUUGCGAAACUUUAGGUUAUUGGAAGAAACCUAAAGUAUUUCUUCGUCAGAUUCCAAAUUCUACUCUUUGGGUAUCUGACCCUGUGCACAUUUCAGCAACCCCUUAUGUUGAAUACAAAUAUUGUCUAGUUUCACCAUGGAUUCAUUCGUUAAAUUUUGAAGGCGGAUAUGAUCGACGAUUGAUACAUCGUGGAAAUAUUUAUGAAGUUUGGAGUGAUAGCGAAGAUUUUCAAAAAAAUAAAGCUUCAAGCGAAGAUUAUGCUUUUGUUGAUUAUAUUUACAAAACUAUCAAUUCUUCUGAUAACUUAAAAAACGGGAUCAUAGAUUAUCAACAUAUUUUAUCUACACACAGAGAAGAAUUUAAAAAAAUUGUUGGUUUCAUAACCCAGAAUUUAUCAACAAGUAAAACAAAAGAACAAGUAUUAUUUUCGCAUGUUCUCCUUGGUCAUUACAUGGAUCAACAAAGGGGUUGGUCACAUAAACCCAGUCUACCUAAUGAAUUUCCAUCCUCCUUCGUUAUAAAGGAAUUUAAUAGCAUCGACGAUUAUUCUAAUCUGCCUUCUAAUGCAGAACGCAUGGUCGUGAAAGCCUUUAGUGCUUUGAUUCAACACAACUCUAAACAUGGUUUUUUAGAUUGGAUUACAAUAUUUGCGCCUGCAUCUAAAUUUGAUACAUCAUAUUCAUUUAUAGAUUCAAUAGAAAUAUAUGAUUACAAACGACGACCUGGCCAGUUCAUAAAAUUAUUGAAAGAAAUUAAGCCUAUCAUUAAUUAUCUUGAAGAUUCUAAUCUUAAUGCAUUAAAUAAAACUAUGAAUAAGGUCAUUAAGAUGUCAUAUAGCGUGGAAUGUCUCGUACACUUACAAGAGAAUUUUGAAGAUUUGGAGAAUAAAACUUUUCUGCAUGAAAUUCGUAAAAAACUAUUGGGAUUAGUUAACGACAAACAACUAUAUUGGAAUGACGAAAAUAUAUUCUCACUUCAUAGACUUCUUAAAGAACCUAAUUUGGGGUGGCAAAAUAGAGAAUAUGCUAGCGUACUCAAGGCAAUUGCCGAAUCCAAUCAUAUAAUUGUAUUAGAAUCUUUUCCUGAAAUUUAUAAGUUUAUUUUGGGAUUAAAUUUAGGGACCUCUUUCAACCAGACAAUUAAAAAAGGACUUGAGCAAGAAUCGAUUAAAUGGUUUACAAAUAUCUGUAGACAAAGAAGUUCGGCUUACGACAUUUUCCGUUAUCUUUCAUCGAUGUAUUCCACUUCGACACAUGGUCAAGAAAUUUUAAAUAAGUUGUUGAGCCAUAAUAUCGUGAUGUCGUUACCCGAUGAUUCUAUAUUCUCCAUUACAUCACGUAUUACCGAUUUUCAUGAAGAUAUAAUAACUCAUUUUACGACUUUGGUCAAGAACAAAGUCAGACCUCUCGUUCAAGUUCCUGAUGAGCGUCUCUUGAAAAUGAUAAUGCAAAUUUGUAAUAGCACAACGAGUUUAAAUAUCCGAAAUUACAUUUGUGAAGAAAUUUUAUGUGAUAUACUUGGCCACUUGCAACAAGUGAAAGAUGUUAGAUUUUCUGAAAUAGAAUCUUUUCAACUUUUGUCAUUUCAAUUUGCAAAAUUUUGGAUGACCAUAUUUAAAGCAAAAGGUUGUAAACAAAAAUUAUUUUCUCAUCCAUAUUUUAAAGAAACACGCGAAACGGUGAUUCAUCUGGCUAUGAAUAUUAGAGAUCGCACCAUCACAAUAAGAUUUCUUCAAAAAAUUUUUAAAUACUUUAUCAAUGACAACAGAGGUCUCAAGGAUUAUCUUAACUGUGCUAUAGAGAAUUAUCCGGGUGAAUAUGAUAUCAUUACAGACGAAAUCAUAGAAGAGUAUUACAAUCAAUGCUGUAAAUAUAAUUCGACUUUGGAACGCCUCCAAAAAUUUUAUGAGAAAUUCUGUUCUCCCCAACUAGUUCUAGAUGUGAAACAAUAUUUUGACGAUUUAGUAAAAAGAUUAAAUGAUGCCACACUUAAGGAAUCAUACGUCAAAGAUCAUUGGUCAAUGCACGCCAUGACUAUUGAAAUUAUGGAAAAUUAUUAUUACCUGGUUGACUCACGAACCUUUUACAACGUAUUUCGAAAUGCAUUGAAGGCAGAAUUAAUAGUUGAACAAGCAAUGAAUGAAUUGUUUAAAGUGGCUGUUGAAGAUUAUAAGACCAUGUGCAUAGAAUAUGAUCAAUGGGAAAAAAUUAAAUGCACUGUCGCAAAUGAAUUCUGGAAAAAUAUAAAUGUGGAACACGUUGAUAAAGAAAUUAAUUUUAUGACCCCUUAUUUUAACAGGUUUAAUAAUGCGUACAAAAUUCAAGAAUUAAUUAAAUCUCUAAAAUUUUUAGUUAUUAUCUCAUCAACAUUGGAAAGAUUACAUCAACUUUUGGCUGUUAUUAAAGCUUUAAAAUUGGAUAUUAUCUCAUGUGAUCAAGAUUUUUGGGUCGAAGAAUUGAUUCAUACUUUAGAAGAUAAAGAAUUACUACUUUGCCAGCUAGAAAAAACUUUUGAUCAAUUUGAUAAAAAUGAAAAGAUGUCAUCAUUGACAAAUGAUGUUUGGUCAGUGAUUGAAGAAAUCUGUUCUGCUAUAGGUUUUGUUAUUUUUCUUAAGUCACUUGUCGGACAUAAUCUUAAAAAUUUGAUCAAUGGAGUUGAUGACCAUUCAGAUGAGCGCUUGAUCCAAGAAAAUACGGUCCAGACAUUUAUCCAAGUAAAACAAAUUUUGGAACCUUUAUUUGAAGAAAAAAAAGGAGAUAAUAAGAGUAAGCAUUCGAUGGUGCAAGGAUUCUUACAAAUUCUAUGCGGCAUCGUGAAGAAAAAUCCGUCGCUUGCUUCCAAAUUACGAUUAUGUAAUGCAAAUGCCCAAGCAUUAAAAAAUAUAUGCAAAAACAUUUAUAAUCGUGGAGAAAUGACAAAAGAAAAAAUUUUCUAUUCAGUGACAAAGGGAGUGUAUUUAUUUAAGAAAAUGAAUGAUGAUGAAAAUAGAUAUACGGCAACACUGUCAUAUUCUUCUGAAAUUUCACCAGACAGUAUUGCAAACUAUACCUUUGAAAACCUUCAAGAUUUGCGCGGCCGAGCUUUAUUGAUCGCAAAAGCUCCUACCAAUACAAAGGCUUUCAUCAAUGAGGAGACUUCAGAUGCUGAGAAUAUUAAAGCCAACGAGAUCACAUUAGAACAUAUGAAUAAAUUUGUUAUUAGAGUUGAUCUCGCACAAGAAAUAAUUGAUGCUGCUUCAUCGCUGAAAGAACUUGGACAUUUUAAAUACCGUGAUUUUCAAGCAUCCACACAUACUACUCAAGAGAUGGAAAAUUUAUUAAAGAUUUUGCUUGAUGAUUUACAAAACUGGGAAACAAUUGUUAAUGAAGCACAGCAAAAUCAUUAUUAUUUGACUUUUUUCUUAGCACAACAUAUUUUGAAUUUUUAUGAUUAUUUCUCAUACAAUGAAAAUAUUACGACUACCCAAUUAAAUAUCAAGGAAAAAUGUUCAAUGCUCUUAAGAUAUGUCAAUGAUAAAGCAGAAUUACCAGACAUUAACUCCGAUAUCCUUGAAAUUAUGGAAAAUUAUUAUUACCUG